AUGAAGUUGUCCGCUGUUCUCCUCGGCCUGCUCGGUCUUGCCAGCGGUGCUUCGGUUCGAAACUACGAGACGAACGACUACUAUGUUCUCGAGUUGGAUUCUUCCACAUCCCCCGGCCAGGUUGCUGAUCGUCUCGGUCUGCGCCACGAGGGCUCCCUCAGCGGUCUCGACGGCCAUCAUAUAUUUUCCGCGAGAAAAGAGCCGCAUGAUAUUGUCAAGCCUGUUCUGCGGGAGCGGAGGAUGAAGAGGCGAGGAUUGGGCGGCUCUGACCCCGUCGACGGCAUUCUUCUCGCACAGAAGCAACUUCUUCGCAAGCCUUGGGAGAAGAGAGUACCUCCUCGCCUGCACGGUCCCAAGAACGUCGCUCGCCAGGAUAAGCCCGACGCUGCGAUGGUUACUCAGAUGAACAAGAUCAUGCAGACCUUGAACAUCGUCGACCCCAUCUUUAACGAGCAAUGGCACCUGCUCAAUACCGUCCAGCCAGGCCACGAUGUCAACGUCACUGGUCUUUGGACGCAGGGCAUUACGGGCAAGAACGCGACUGUUGCUAUUGUUGACGACGGCCUUGACAUGUAUAGUGAUGAUCUGAAGCCCAACUAUUACGCCGCCGGUUCCUAUGACUUCAACGACCACCGAGAAGAGCCGAAGCCCACGCUGAGCGAUGACAAGCAUGGCACUCGCUGCGCCGGUGAAGUGUCUGCCGCGAGGAACAACGUCUGUGGCCUCGGCGUCGCAUACGAAUCCAAGAUUGCCGGUAUCCGUAUUCUGAGUAAGCUUAUCUCGGAUGCCGAUGAGGCCGUUGCUAUGACAUAUGACUAUCAACACAACGAUAUCUACUCUUGUUCUUGGGGACCUCCUGAUGAUGGCCGAUCGAUGGAUGCCCCAGGUAUUCUAAUUAAGCGCGCCAUGCUUAAGGGUAUCCAGCAGGGUCGUGGUGGAAAGGGAUCCAUUUACGUCUUUGCCAGCGGCAAUGGCGCUGCCAACGACGAUAACUGCAACUUUGAUGGCUACACCAAUUCCAUCUACAGUAUCACGGUUGGCGCCAUCGACAGGAAAGGUCAACAUCCCUACUACUCGGAGAAGUGCUCUGCUCAGCUCGUUGUCACCUACAGCAGUGGCAGCGGAGAUGCCAUUCACACUACUGAUGUCGGCACUAACGCAUGCUACAAUGGCCACGGAGGCACAUCUGCUGCCGCCCCACUGGGUGCCGGCGUCUAUGCGCUUGUUCUUCAAGUCCGUCCUGAUCUGACCUGGAGAGACAUGCAAUGGCUCGCUAUGGACACCGCCGUGCCCAUUGAUGAAAAGGAUGGAGAGUGGCAGCCGACCAAGAUCGGAAAGAAGUUCAGCCAUACCUAUGGGUACGGUAAAAUCGACGCCUACGCCAUGGUCGAAGCUGCCAAAAACUGGAAGAACGUGAAGCCUCAGGCAUGGUACUACUCUCCUUGGAUCCAUGUCAACAAGCAAAUUCCCCAGGGCAAGGAUGGUGUGGCGGUCAGUUUCGAGGUUACCGCCGAUGCUCUCAAGGAAGCCAAUCUCGAGAGGGUGGAACACGUGACGGUCACUAUGAACGUAAAUCACACUCGUCGUGGUGACUUGAGCGCCGAUCUUAUUAGCCCCGAGGGGGUUACUAGCCACUUGUCUGUGACUCGCAAGCUGGACUCAGCUAGUUCCGGAUAUGUUGACUGGACAUUUAUGAGCGUUGCGCAUUGGGGUGAGUCCGGUCUUGGCAAGUGGACUGUUGUCGUCAAGGACUCCUUGGAGAACGAGCACCAAGGUACUUUUGUGGACUGGCAUCUGAAGCUUUGGGGCGAGUCGAUCGAUGCGAGCAAGACCAAACUCCUUCCUAUGCCCACCGAAGAGGAUGACAAUGACCAUGCCUUGGUUGCGACUACCAGCAUAGCUGCCGCCACUACGUCGAUUACCCACCCUCCCCAAGCCACCGACAACCAGCCGGCUGCUACACCAUCGGACCACCCCGAGCGGCCGACAAAGGUCAAGCCUACUGGCGGCGAGACACCGGCUGAGACAGGCGCGGCAACGAGCACCAGCAGUGCUGCAACGAGCACGAGCAGCCCCUCAAACUGGGUCUCUUGGCUGCCAUCCUUUGGAAAGGCCGGCGUCUGGGUGUAUGGCGCCAUUGGUCUCAUUGCUGUCUUUUGCUCUGCUUUGGGCAUUUGGUUCUACAUCAGAAAGCGCCGCAACAGCACACCGCGGGAUAACUACGAAUUCGAGCUACUUAAUGAUGACGAAACCGAAGGCUUGAACGGCGAGAAACGCACGCGGGGCCGUGAGCUCUAUGAUGCGUUUGCUGGCGAUGACGACGAGGAGGACGAUGAUGGUAGCGAGUACCACGAUCGGAACCGCGAUCGGUCAAGAGAUGGAAGCGGCAACAGGGAGACGGACAGGUUAACAGAAAAAUAG